CCCUGCAGCAGGAGCAUUUCGCAAGCUGCGAGCAUGGGGCAAAGUCAGAGCGACAUGGAGCUCGCCCAAGCGGCGACGAACGGCGACCUCGCCCACGUGCAGGCGCUCCUGGCGCAAGGUGCGAGCCCGAACGCAACCAAAUGGGGCUACUCGGCGCUCUACAACGCAACGUGGAGCCGACACUUGGGCGUCAUCGAAUGCCUCCUGGCGGCCGGCGCCGACGUCAACUAUGGCGGCUCGACGAAGGGCGGCGCGCUGUUUCAAGCAGCCAACAAGGGCUACCUUGAGACAGUCUCCCUCUUGCUCGCCAAGGGCGCGCUGGUCAACGGCCGCGACCCCACGCUCAACACGCCACUGUGGACGGCAGCCCAUCACGGCAACGCCGACGUCGUCGAUCGACUCCUCCUCGCCAACGCCAACGUGCACCGCUGCAACGACCGCGGUGAAACUCCGCUGUUUGCAGCGGCGGCGGGUGGCCAUGCCCGCAUCGUCACAAGCCUCCUCGCCGCCGGUGCCAAUGUCCACCAAGGCGACAACCAAGGCAUCACUCCGCUGGUUGAGGCCGCCGCGGCGGGCCACGCCGACGUGGUUGCGAUCUUGCUCGAGGCCAAUGUCACCAUCGAGUGCACGGCGCGCGGGCCGAUGGUGGCCGCCGUCACGCGAAACCAUACCGACGUCGUCUUGCUGCUGUGCCGCGCCAUCGUGGCGCGCGCCGACACAGAAGCGAGGCGACGAGGCAACGUCGACAGUUCGGACGACCUGUCUGAUGAGACUGUCUUGGCACAUGAGCCGUCUCGGAGUGCCAAGGAAGCGUAG